AUGAACGACGGUAUCGGUACUGCAAAUAACAAAUUUAGAGUGCACUCGAAUACUAUCUCUGGUGGUCGUCCGCCGGCUUUGGAAAUCCCUAAAAAUAGACCACCGAAUAUUCGACGUAACUCGGAUGGCUCACCUGGUUUACCUCCACCUAUCCAGGUAUCUGAGCCAACACCUAUCGAGCCUUCAGAGGAAGUAAAGAGAGGCCUAAUAUUUAAUGCCAAUAGCACCAACCCUGCGAGCAAUAAUGAUCGUCCUUUAUCAGUUGCCAGUAAUAAUGAGUCGGUUAUAUCAAAUGCUUCAGCUGCAUCGAAAACGUCUGGCACCAACACCAAUUUAGUAGCCGAUUCUGCUGCUUCUACACCGAAGAAGAAAUCUCGUUCUAGAGCUUCGAGCGUUACUUCUAACCUUUUGAGUGAUUUGAAGGAAAAUCCUACCAUUCACUCUAUUACCAGCAAGAUCAGAUCACGCCAAAACGAGACUGACAACGGUGGCGGCAGUGAACGAACUUCUUUCGACGUCGCCAAGACUGCUCCAAGCAUCGCUCUAUCUACCGGAGUUAACACUGCAGCGGUGAAGAGAAACCAAGAUUUUCAUGCAUUGUUUCGAAGUGUACCAGAAGACGAUAAUCUCGUUGAAGAUUAUGGUUGCGCGUUACAGAAGGAAAUAUUGCUGCAAGGCCGAAUUUACAUUUCUGAGAAUCAUGUUUGUUUCAAUGCAAAUAUCUUUGGUUGGGUUACAAAUCUUGUUAUAGCAUUUGCUGAUAUAACAGAAAUUGAGAAGAAAACAACUGCCAUUUUUAUUCCUAAUGCCAUCCAAAUCAGCACUGAUAGCUCAAAGUUCUUUUUUGCCUCAUUCUUGUCUCGUGAUCAAGCAUACGAUUUGAUGGUUAAAUUGUGGCGUAAUGUUCGUCCUGAACCACUUGACCGCAUUUUUUCAGGGUCUUCAAGAGAGGAGAACAGUGAUCUCGAAUAUGAAAGCGAUACAGAAGAUUCUUACUCCUCUAAUUCCGGAGAUUUGGAUACAACUGACACUGAUGACGAUCAUGUUACACAAGGCAUAGAUGAAGGAGGUAGAAAAGUCUCUUUAGCAUCGCUUCCUGUAAGCAAAGAAUCAAAGGAAAAGGAUGCUGCUGCUCGCCGUAGAGCUGUAUCGGAAGCUGCCAGACCCACUUUCCAAUCUAAUGGUGCUGAUAAAUUAUCAGGAUUGGCUGCUGCGAAUGGUGCGAAUGGUGCUGUAUCUUCAACAAAGGCAGAAAAUGAGACAUCAACUGGAAAGGCUGGAGAACCAGAGAAUGUGCAAGUGAAUGAGAAGACCCAGUGUGAUUGUGCAACUGCCAAUGAACAUUACAGCAACGUCGUUUUGGAUCAAAUCUAUUCCAGUACUUUACCCCAAAUUUACAAUUUGUUCUACGAUAGCAAUCAUUUGAGAAGAUUCUUAGUAGAUAAUCAAAAGACAACAGAGGUGGAUAUUGGUGAAUGGAAGAAAGGCGAGGGAAGUGUUCAGCGUCUUCGUGAAUUAUCUUAUAUAAAACCUCUGAAUGGCGCUAUUGGGCCUAAACAAACUAAAUGCAUUAUCACGCAAGAGGUAUUGCAUGAAGACCCACAGGUUUAUAUCACUGUACUAGAUACGACAAGUACACCUGACGUUCCUUCCGGAGGUUCAUUCUCUUGUAAGACACGUACUUGCUUCAGCUGGGCUGGUAAAGGCAAAGUAAGGGUGCUCGUAACGUGCCAAGUAGAAUUCACUAAAUCAUCAUGGCUCAAGUCAACUAUCGAAAAAGCCAGUAUUGAUGGACAACAAACAUAUUACAAGGAUUUGGAUGCAGUCAUUCGCGCUGCUUUAGUAUCUGAUGCCGAUAGUGGUAGAAAAUCGGAAGGUAGAAGGAAGCGAAGGACUAGAAAGGCACGAUCCGAACAUUCGUCAAAUUCUCGUGAAAGUAAACCUGCACCAGAACCACCCAAAUCAUUAUUACAGCGAAUAAUUGCUUUCUUCUCUUCCAAUGACCUUAUGAGGAGCAACAAUGGUACUUCACCCACAACUCAAAAAUUCAAUGCGACACCAACAAUGUGGUUUAUAAUUACUUGUAUGUUUGUUAUGGUUUGCAUAAAUAUGUUUAUUGCUAUGAAGAUGGCGGAUGUUGAGAAGAAAAUGAUAGAUCUGCUGCCUCAUGCGUUGUCCAAAAAACAAGAGAUCCCAGAAAAUACAUUAGAAGCUUUAAAACGGAAUGAAAUAUACAAAGAAGAGGAAGACGAUCUAUGGCGCUGGUUGGACAAGAUAGAUAUUAAUAAGAAAAAAGAGCAGCCACAGCAAAAAUUGAAGUCUUCUCCUGUGAUUCAGGGUAAAGCUACAGAUAAAGCAGCCCAAGAGAUGUCCAAGCUGACGAAAGAAAGAUUAGAGAAGCAAUUGGAAGACAUCACAGCAAUGAUCAAGAAGACAGAAGUAAAUCUUAACGAAGUGACGCAAGCUUACUUAAAGCAAAGAGAAAAAAUCAGUAAAAUGCUGAUUUAA